AUGUUUUCGUCGUUUUUAAGAGUUUCGAGUGUUUUUUUUACAAAUGUCGUCGUUCAAUCUCGGUGUAAUUUCGAUGUCGUCAAUCAAAUUUCGAAAAGAUGGGCCGGUCAUAGUAAAUGGUCGAACAUAAAACACGUGAAAAUGGCUAAAGAUCAAGCGAGAGCAUCUUUGUUUAAUAAAUUAUCGUAUAAGAUAUCGUUGGCGGCCAAAGAGGGAGAAAAUCCCGAAACGAAUUCUAAACUCAAAGCUGCUCUAGCCGAAGCAAAACAAGCAAACAUGCCCAAUGCGACCAUUCAGGGAGCUAUUAAAAAAGCGAAAGAUAGUUUGGCGGAAAAACCCUAUUGGUUAAUAUAUUCAUCGUUGGACGGACUUCAAAUCGGUUUCGAAGUGCGAACCGCUAAUCCUCUUGUCGCCGUGUCUAAAUUGAAUACAUUUUGUAAAAGACUAGGUUUGAGAAAUGAAAAAAGAGGGUCGGAUCAUUAUAACGAAAAGGGAAUCAUAAUAAGUAAAUCGAAUGGAUCUGAAGACUUUUACUCGAGAGCAGUCGAGGAUGCCAUAGAAACAAACAUUGAAGAAGUCGUGGAGUGUGGUGAAAAUACAAUAGUAUUCGAAUGUUUGCCGGAAAAAUUACAAGCAUCUAGUAAUAAACUUUCUGCUAAAGGUUACGAGAUAUCUGAUGCAUUCACGGAAAUCACAUUUCAUAAUUAUGUUAAAAUAACUUCCGAUGAAAUGAGUAGAGUUAAAAAAAUUACAGAUAGAAUAGAAAGCGAAUUUGAAGAUUUACUAAGGAUAGCAGAUAAUAUAAAAAGGGAUGAAAAUUAA